AUGUCGCGACCAUUUGGUACUCUCCCUUCUACCGCGAAGGUCUCUCCAACACCGUUUACAGUCUCGAUUCCCAGGGCACAAGUGGACGAGCUAGAGACGCUCAUCAAGCUAGCAAAGCUUGCCCCACAUACAUACGAGAAUUCGCAGUUAGAUUCACGAUAUGGCGUUACCACUGACUGGCUGGUUAGCAUGAAGGAUCUAUGGCUUAGAUCCUACAAAUGGAAAUUAACCGAGGAUCGUAUCAAUAGCUUUCCACAAUGGACCACCGAGAUUGAGGGAAUGUUGAUUCACUUUGUGGGCGUGUUCUCAGAAAGAAAAGAUGCAAUUCCCAUACUCUUGUGCCAUGGAUGGCCAGGAAACUUUCUAGAAUUCCUUCCUAUGCUCGAGCUGUUCCAGGAAGAAUACACACCAAGCAACUUACCAUAUCAUCUGAUUGUUCCUUCAAUGCCGGGAUACACCUUCUCGUCUGGACCACCGCUCGACCGAGACUUUGGAACUAAAGACAUCGCACGUGUACUAGACCAACUGAUGAAAAAUAUUGGAUUUGAAAGUGGUUACGUCGCACAGGGUGGUGAUAUCGGCAGUAUCGUUGCUAGACACCUGGCCGUUGACCAUGAGAGCUGUAAAGCUGUACAUAUCAAUGUUUGCUUCAUGGGGCGACCCGUGGGUAUGGUGGACGACCACCUUAGUGACGCCGAGAAACGAGGUAUCGAAAGACAGAGCAGGUUCAGAAUGUUGGACUUUGCAUAUGGAAUUGAACAUGGUACUCGACCAAGUACCAUCGGCCAUGUUGUCUCGACAAGUCCAAUGGCACUCCUGGCAUGGAUUGGUGAGAAAUUCCUCGAAUGGGUUGAUGAUCCUUUAUCUUCAGAGCAAAUUCUCGAGUCAGUCACUUUGUAUUGGCUCACUGACACGUUCCCUCGGUCAAUAUAUACAUAUCGCCAGAAUUUCCCACCUCCACCUGUGCCCGUUCCGAAUAAUCCUCGUUGGUAUAUUCAAAAGCCCUUUGGGUUUUCGUCUUUUCCAAAGGAACUUGCUCCUUUGCCUCGGUCUUGGAUUGAGACGACGGGCAACCUAGUCUAUUGGGGACAGCAUGAAAAGGGGGGCCAUUUCGCGGCACUUGAACAACCAGCAGCUUUGAAGAUGGACAUAAUUCAAUUUGUGGAUCAGGUGUGGCCGGGGAUUAUUGAUACUGAAUGA